ACAACGAGCAAGGAAAAGAAGAAAGAGAAAGGCAUGAAUCGGCGUUCUGGUACAACGGCCUUGGCAGAAGAUUCGGAAACCAUGUCCGAGCCGGUGCUACGCAACAACGAGUUCAGUGGCAUCAACAACCAGCAAGUCGUCCUCGCCAACAAUGCGGCCAACCACGAGUCCCCAUGGAAGACGUUCCUGUGUACAACCAGCGCCUUCGUGGCCUUCACCAUCGCCACAGCCGUCAUACUGUUCUACUUCAGGAGGUCGCCAGCUGUGCGAUCCCUCGUGAAAUUUGGUACUUCCGCACCAGAGUACACAGAGGAAAGCUCCGUGGUAAGCCCCAUAACGGUGCCCUACGAGAAGCAGCGCAUGGGCCUGCGGAUGGCGUGCGUCGAGGACGGCGACUGCCAGGACGAGGCGAACCUGGUGUGCGGCUCGGACGGCUUCGACCGCGUCUGCCUCUGCGACAGCGGCUACGUGGAGGAAGGCAGCGACUGCUCCGAGAGCCCCGCCCAGCCCGGGGAGCCGUGCGACGGCCGCAUGCGCUGCGCCAAGCGCACCAACAUGGUGUGCGACCAGUUGCUCAAGCCCCCGCGCUGCGACUGCAUGGCCGGCACGCUCUGGCAGGAGGACAAGUGCGUCGCGCUGUUCGAAUUGACUGGCAAUCAAGAGGAAGAGCGACCGCAAAACACGACAGCCGAAGACAGCGAAGAGCCGUUUACAGUUGUGCGCAAUGAAUCGACGCCGCAGCCAUAGAGGACGCGCUAGGUUCGGCAGCAAAGACCCUCACGACGCCGUGGACGACACUGAUUUUGGUUGAUUUUUGACAAUUACAGUUCUACCAUUCGGGUUUACAGUGCCUGUACGUUCCUGUGUUAAAUAAAUGCUGACUGACAUAUCA